CGUAAUCAUGUGGCUGUUUCCGGUUGCGAUUCUGACGUGUAGUCCUCUGCCUGUAGGCUUUAGCAUUGUUUAGUAUGGUUUCUACUUACAGCAAUUCCAAGACUAUAAGAGGAAAUGUUGGAUAUGAUGUUAAACAUUUGAUUUAAAUCAUAAACCUGCUGUCCAUGGAAUAAUGAAUGUUUAGGGUCUCCUGACAUUGGCUUUGUCCCUUAGAACGAGUUGGAGGAUUCCCCAUUCUCACGACACAAUGAUGCAAGAGGAGGAUGACGAGGGAGGGACAUACGAUCACACCUCCCUGCUGGAUCUCCGCAAACGAAAGAGCCCCGCCACAAUGUGGUGCUGUAGCUUCGUCAAAACCAUCUGUCUGUCCCUCACGUUUCUCACCCUGGGUUUAUGUAUUGCCAUUCCUGGACCGACCUUGAUUGACCUCAAAGAAAGAAUUAACACAGACACCACCCACAUGGCACUGAUAUUUACAGCCCGGUCUGUCGGUUAUCUGCUUGGCUCCCUGGUUGGAGGAUUCUUGUUCGACCACUUCGACAAGCAACUGUUGUUGAUGGUGACCUUGAUAGUCGCUGCUUUGGCCACUAGCAUCAUUCCCUGGUCCCUGACCUUGACUGUUCUUACCGUGAUGAUGUCACUGCAGGGGAUGUCCAUGGGAGUCCUGGAUACCGGGGGAAAUGCUUACUGUGUGAGGAUCUGGGGCAAAAAGAGUCCACCGUACAUUCAGGCCAUGCACUUUGCUUUUGGAGUUGGUGCCUUCAUUGCUCCAUUGCUUUCUCAACCAUUUCUCUCAGACAGCCCUGUGAAUUUAUUGACUAAUAAUGUUCAAAGUGUUGGCAAUGUCAAUCCUAUGCAUAAGGAAAUAACAGAGGCCCUAAUGAAUACAAUAAAUGACACUCGCAAAGAGAGAGAUAUAUUUAAUUUCAAUGAUACAGUCCCUUCAAUGAAUGUUAGUGAGCUAAGUUCACAGAGAAACUCCAUGACAACCAGUUUUGUCAUGACCACCACCACCACCCCAGCCCCACUGAUACCAAAGAAACCCACCCACAUAGACUCUACCCAGGAGGACAAGAAAAAAGCUGAUGGAACUAAGUUUCUUCAAGAUAUCAAGGAAAAAAUUAAAAAUACUCCAGAGAAACCUAAGGUGAAAAAUCCCCAGGUAAAGGACACUCCCAGUUUGACCCCAGAGCCUCUAACCAAUGGAGGUACAGGCAGUCCUGUGAUUGAUAACAAUAGUUUACAAAAUAGUACAGGGAAUGACACCCAGGGCACAAAUCAAACAUCCAGUCCAGCUCCACCUACUGUAUUAGACACUCCAGAUGUGAAUGGAACUUUGAAGACCACAAACUCACACAGUGUAACAGCCACUACAGCGAAUACUUUAGUUACCACUUCUACAACAAAAACCACAACUACCACAACUAAAGCACCAACCACUUCCACACAAACACCUACCACUACCACUUCCACACAAACACCUACCACUACCACACAAGCACAAAGUACCACCAUUACAACACAAGCACCCACAACCACUACCACAAAAGCACCAGCAACUACCACUCAAGCACCAACCACUACCACUAACACAAAGGCACCUGCCACUACAGCAAGUGCCACCUCCACACAAGCACCUGCUGGUACAAAGAACUCCAAAACAACCACUGCACCACAACAAACAGAGGCCCCAUCUCUGUCUGAGAAGACAAGUCCCUCUUUUACAGAUCAAGUCAACAGUUCAACAACAGUAGUAUACAAUAACACAGUAAUCAGACGUAGAAAACCUGCGUCUGUUGAGUCCGGGGAUAUUCUACAAGCUGUCACAAACAUGUCGCGAGUUCAGAUGGCGUAUCUCAUCAUUGGUGCUAUGUUACUCGUCAACGGCUUUCUGUUUUGUGGCUUGUAUUGCUAUGAUAGAUAUAAGACAGACUUAAGUGUAUAUGAAGAUAGUUAUCAAGGACAGGAUAGAUUUGGAAAUCCAUGUAAACGAUAUAUGAUCAUGUCCAUGAUGUUUUUGUUUUUCCUGGCCUACAUUGGGAUGGAGACCACCUUUGGAGGACUUCUAAUGACAUUCACAGUGAACUUCAUGGGAUGGACCAAAGACAAGGGAGCAAUAGUGACUGCCAUUUUCUGGGGUUCAUUGGCAGCUGGUCGUGGAUUCUCCAUAUUCAUUGCUAACUGCUUCCGACCAAGCUGCAUGUUGGCUGUGGAUAUUUCCUUGAUGCUGAUUGGCUCUGUCUUAUUGAGUUUUGGAAUUAGUUAUUACAGCUCCAUUCUGUGGAUCGGGACCCUGACCUUGGGAUUUGGGAUGUCCUCCAUGUUUCCAACCGCAGUGUCUUGGGUGGACCAGCAUUUUAAAAUGACGGGGAAGUCGACCGCCGUCCUGGUGAUGGGGUCCGCCAUGGGGCAGAUGGUGGUGCCAGUCACCACCGGAUACUUUUAUGAAUAUCAUUUAAAGAUGUCACUGAUGUAUGCCUGUUUGUCACUCAGUGUGUUGUUGAGCAUUCUGUUUGUGUUGAUGCAGUUUAUUGCCUCCAGGGGCAGUGACAUUAGAUUGCAAUCAGACACAGACGGAUUUACUAGACUUCGAGACGAUGAGCAUCUCGAAAUGGACGAUGUUUCCUAUGGAACGACAACUAACAUUAAACGCCGAUUUAUGCCAACCUUUAGUGAUACAGAAUAUAAUCAGCUUUUACAGGAAGAAGAGGACGACCUCUUGACUUAGAUGUUUGUGUCCUCAGUCUAGCAGUCAUUAUCCCCACAGACAGCAUUAAGUGAGCCACAUGAUGCAUGUCCCCAGGAAGUGUUGAUAAAAGACAACUCAAGUCCUCAAUUUUCCUGCAUUACUGGUACUAAUGAGAUUAUGUUAUUUAAGACAAACAAGGUACAUGUAGAUAAUGUUAAAUUGUUGUGAUACCUCAAAGAGGCUCACUUUCAAAGUUGGUCAAAGGGAAAUAACUGAUUUUUUAUUUGGCUGACUGUUAACUUUAUAUUUUAAACAUCAUGAGCAUAGGUAUUAUUUCUGAAAUGUAAAUUUUACUCUGUUUUAAGAAAAUAUGGGGAAAUUUUCAGCAGGUUUGAAUCAGUCAAUAUUGAUGCAUGAUAAUCUUGUGUUAUUACUAAUUUUGUGAAGAAUUAUCUCUAUAGUACAAAGUUAAUGCUUUGAUAUUGUUUUUGUUUGCUUAUUAGGAGGGGGGGGGGGGGGUGAGGCACAUCAAACAUACUAGUCAUAGAAGGAUUGAUGUUUAUCUAGAUAGAUAUUGGAGUUUGAUUUGGUUAAUGAUCCAUGAAAUGGAUGCUCAAGGGUAAAUAGUUCAGAUUCAGGGGUUGAAAGGAAGCCUGCUCAUCUCUGUGAUGGAGAUAACAGACUAAAGUCACAGCCACUUUUAGGCAAUAAUUCCCUAAUGCACAUUGCUCAACUGUAGGGAGGGGGGAGGGGGGAGAAGGGGGUGGGGAUAACACCUUACAGCCUAGAACAAAGUGUUCUUAACACCUUACAAAGAAGAUUAUGUUCCCUGAACAUUUUACAAAGUACGAGUUUGUUAUUUCAGGCAAAGAGUAGUAAUAAGUUACUGCAUUACAAAUAACCAGAGAGUUAUAGGGCUUUAAACAUAUUCCACCCUAUGUAUUUCUGCUGUUUCACUUGACACUGUUUUAUUUUGUUUAUGUUCUUUCUAGAUUUUUUUUAGAAGAAUUAGGUAUUAAUGACGUAAGUUUUUAUGUUGGAUUUUGUUACUCAUUACUAGGUUGUGUUUGAUUUAACACACAAACUUUGAUGAUUUUGAUAUGAACAAAUUGCUUUUUUACUGAGACUCAUUUACAAACAUGCAUAAAUAUAUAUGUAUAUAUGAUUUGUUUGCAAUCUCCUGUCCUUGCCAGUGACCCACUGUAAUAACGCAUGUUUGUGUUCGAUGUGUUGAAUAAAUCGGUAAAGACCCGUG